AACGAUGCCCGUGUAAAGAUGGGGGAUUGGAAUUUCCUAGGGGGGAUAUUGGAGGAGGUGCAUAUCCACUCCACUAUGGUGGGAAAAAUCUGGCUCACCAUCCUAUUCAUCUUCCGCAUGCUGGUGUUGGGUGUGGCGGCCGAGGACGUGUGGAACGAUGAGCAGGCUGACUUCAUCUGCAACACGGAGCAGCCCGGGUGCCGGAACGUCUGCUACGACCUGGCGUUCCCCAUCUCCCUCAUCCGCUUCUGGGUCCUUCAGGUAAUCUUUGUCUCAUCGCCCUCACUGGUGUACAUGGGCCAUGCUCUCUACCGCCUCCGAGCCCUGGAGAAGGAGCGGCAGAAAAAGAAGGUCCUGCUACGUCGCGAGCUGGAGCUGGUGGACGUGGACAUGGUGGCUGCUCGGAAAACGAUUGAGCGAGAGGUGAGGCAGCUGGAGCAAGGCAAGCUCAACAAGGCUCCGCUGUCGGGGUCCCUGCUGCGCACCUACGUGGCCCACAUCAUUACCCGCUCCGCCGUGGAGGUAGGCUUUAUAACGGGCCAGUACAUCCUCUAUGGCUUCCAGCUCUCCCCUCUCUUCAAGUGUGAGCGUGAGCCUUGCCCCAACGCGGUGGACUGCUUCGUUUCCCGGCCCACAGAGAAGAGUGUCUUCAUGGUCUUUAUGCAAUGCAUCGCUGUAGUCUCCCUCUUCCUAAACAUCUUGGAGAUCAUGCACCUGGGCUACAAGAAGGUCAAGAAGGGCAUCCUGGAUUACUAUCCACACCUGCAAGAUGAGCUUGACGACUUCUACUCAAGCAAAACCAAGAAAGACUCCAUGGUGCAUCAGACAGGCAUGGCUUCCUCCGGCUGUAAUCCCACCAUGGCCUCCGCGCCCAGUGGCUACAACCUCCUACUGGAGCGGGCCCAGGAGGGUCACACCUACCCCCCCCUUAUCAACCCCUCUGCCUUCCUCCCUGUUCAGGGUGAACUGGCUGGUAAACGGAGCGUGGAAGAACUCAAAGAUGCUGCACAUAGCCCGACGGAGCACAACUCCAACUCCAAUAACACCAGCAGUGACAGCCGCUCACCGCCCUGCGACUCAGUGACCCCGCCAAAGCAGGAGGAGCCAGAGGAGUCUGCACACCUUCCCCCUCACAGCGAGGAAGAGAAGAGGGGGAGCCCAGACUCUCCCAGGCGCCCAAGGGAUGCAUCUCACGCCUCCUCCUGCCCGACAUUGCUAGUAGGCGCCGGAAGGAAAACAUGGAGGGUCAACGCUCCCUCAAAUUGUUCCACAGUGGUGGAGGGCAAAAGCUCAGACACAGAUUCUUAUGGGGGUGCUAAGGCCAGUGGUGGGUACCAAGCCCGGACUGCGUCGAAAUCGGAACCCAAAAUGCGUCCCUCCACCCCAGACUCACUGGGGGACUCAAGUUCAGGGUCACAGCACAGUCCGAGAACACCCUCUUCCAAUCGCCGACCAUCAUCCACAAGCAACGCAAGUAGUAGGCGAGCCCCUACAGACUUACAAGUCUGAAUGCUAAGAGUAAAACCUUAUCGCUUGUCCCUCAGACAAAAAAUACUUUAUUUCAAACACAGGGAUCAGAAGAACAUGACAUGAGUUGUGACAUUGUGUGAACUGCUUCGGAGGGAAAUCUGUUGCAGUAGUCCAGCAAAAUGGAUAGAUGUGUUUUAUAAGAUGUCCCCUCUGUUUCUGUUGAUCUGUAUGUGGUAGUUUAUUUUUGUAUUCACCAGCUUCAAAGCCUCCGUCAUACUUUGUGAUGACAUAAGACACAGUAGAUCAAACAUUGGGUGUGGGGACUAGCUAUUGGGAAUAUUGACCUGCUUUUAAAUGUAUUGUGGCUAAUAGAGAAAAACACUGGAACAGUACAGAUCACACAGCAGUGACAACGUUAAUGCUUUCUGUAGGUUUCAGUUCAUUUUAAACACCAUUGUUUAGAGAGAAACCAUGAAAAUAUGUCCUAAUGGCAGCCCAAUUCAGAAUUUUGUUUCACUAAUUGGUCUUUGAACAAUCAGACCAGCUCUGAAAAAUAUCUGAUAUGAAAAGAUCUGAUUGAUCAAAAGACCAAUUAUUGGAAAUGAUCAGAAUUGGGCUGCCUGUCUAAACGCAGCCAAAGUAGCUUUUGACCACUGAAAAUAGAGUAUGUAGACUAAAUGAUGUAUAUUGCAUGAAAGAAUGACCUAAUUUCCUAUUUAUAAAAGCGUAUAUCUUGGUUUUUAUUUUGCAUGAACUACUAUAUGUCCAUACUAUCAUCGUAAAACCAUGUAAGACGGUUACAAUGGCCCUCCACGUUCUUUUAGGCACAGCUUUUCUUUUAAGGGUUGUGGGGUAUUUCAGUUUCUUAUGCAUUUCAAGUAACGCCAGCA